AUGCCUACCCGAUUCUCCAAGACGCGCAAGCACCGCGGCCAUGUCAGUGCCGGUAACGGUCGCGUUGGCAAGCACAGAAAGCAUCCCGGUGGUCGUGGUAUGGCCGGUGGCCAGCACCACCACAGAACCAACCUUGACAAGUACCACCCUGGUUACUUCGGUAAGGUCGGUAUGAGGCGCUUCCACCUCCUGCGGAACCACCAGUGGAAGCCCGAGAUCAACGUCGACAAGCUGUGGUCUCUGGUCCCCGCCGACGUCCGCGAGAAGACCCUGAAGAACUCGUCUGCCGACUCCGCCCCUCUCAUCGACCUCAACGCUCUCGGAUACGCCAAGCUCCUCGGAAAGGGCCGUCUACCCGAGGCCCCCAUCGUCGUCCGCGCACGAUACGUCAGCAAGGAGGCCGAGAAGAAGAUCACGGAUGCCGGUGGCGUUGUUGAGCUCGUCGCCUAA